AAUGGAUGUGUUGGCCUGGAUGGUAGUCCAUCUACGCGAAAUGCUAACGUGUAGUCAUGUAGCCUAGUUUAUUAUUAUGAUUUUUUUUAUAAUUGGUAUUGUAGCAAAUAGGGCGUAGAUCCGUGAUGUGAACUCAUCCCAGCACAUUCCGCCGUAUCCUUACCAGAGAGGAAGGUCAAGUCUGCAUUUCGCCAGGAACCGGAGAUGGACGAAAAAACUGCAGAAAUGCGGGAUGCAAGGAGAUCUAGUGAGACCGCUACGAGUUUGUCCCUACAGCUGGACUUGGAAAACGAUCCAGCCAAGAGGGCUUCUGUAUCAGAGAUGCCGUCCCCUUUUGGAGCGACGCACGAGAAGAAGAUUGGCCACAGGAGAGUGGAUGCCUCUGGGGAGACAACGUACAAGAAGACCACGUCGUCGGCCCUGAAGGGGGCCAUCCAGCUGGGCAUCGGCUACACCGUGGGCAACCUGAGCUCCAAGCCCGAGAGGGACGUGCUGAUGCAGGACUUCUAUGUGGUCGAGAGCAUUUUCUUCCCCAGUGAGGGCAGCAACCUGACCCCAGCACAUCACUACCCGGACUUCAGGUUCAAAACCUACGCCCCCGUGGCCUUCCGCUACUUCAGAGAGCUCUUUGGGAUCCGACCCGAUGACUACCUGUAUUCUCUGUGCAACGAGCCGCUGAUUGAGCUGUCCAAUCCGGGCGCUAGCGGAUCCAUAUUCUACGUAACCCGCGACGACGAGUUUAUCAUCAAAACCGUGCAACACAAAGAGGCUGAGUUCCUGCAGAAACUACUUCCUGGAUACUACAUGAACCUGAACCAGAACCCGCGGACCCUGCUGCCCAAGUUCUUCGGCCUGUACUGCGUCCAGUCGGGUGGCAAGAACAUCCGCAUCACGGUGAUGAACAACGUGCUGCCGCGUGCCGUGCCCAUGCACCUCAAGUUCGACCUGAAGGGCUCCACCUACAAGCGGCGCGCCUCCAAGAAGGAGCGGGAGAAGUCCAAGCCCACCUUCAAGGACCUGGACUUCCUGUCGGACGUGCCCGACGGGCUCACCCUGGACCAGGAGACCUUCGGGGCCCUGGUGAAGACGCUGCAGAGGGACUGUCUGGUCCUGGAGAGCUUCAAGAUCAUGGACUACAGCCUGCUGCUGGGGGUCCACAACAAGACCCUGGCCGAGAAGGAGCGGCAGUCCCAGGGCUCCCCAGCAGGGGGCGACGAGAUGCGGCCGGCGGCCCAGAGAGCGCUGUACUCCACCGCCAUGGAGUCCAUCCAGGGGGGGUCCAGCUGUAGGGACACCCUGGACCACGCUGACACAAUGGGGGGCAUCCCAGCCGUUGGGUGUAAGGGAGAGCGCCUCCUGCUGUUCAUCGGCAUCAUUGACAUCCUGCAGUCCUACAGGAUGAUUAAGAAACUGGAACACUCAUGGAAGUCCCUUAUUCAUGACGGGGACACAGUGUCGGUCCACAGACCCGGGUUCUAUGCCGAGAGGUUCUACAGGUUCUGCAGCGCCACCGUGUUCAGGAAAGGCUGCUCGCUGCGGCCCUCUCCCUCUAAGAGGGGCCGCGGGCCCCUGGGGCGGAGUCUGGGACAGAGGCCCUCAGUGUGCGAGGACAACCAGGAGCACCAGGAGAACCUGGAGAACCUGAGGGGCUCCAACUUCCCCCUGCUGGGAGUCGAUGGCAGGGCCCCACACUUCAAACCUCCGUCCUUUGAGGACGCCACCACGGCCUCCAUCGCCACCACCCUCUCCUCCAACAACUCUCUGCCCACCACCCCCUUCGACACCCCAGAGCACCCCCGCAGCCGCCGACUGAUGCCUUCCCCCGGCGUAGCCCGGUGUCAACAGGGAGUGGUCGAGGUGCACACGGAAAAGCAGCAGACCAUCACUGUGGAGGUGGAGCUCAGCAAAGUCCCAAACAGCACGGAGCUCACACAGAUGACAGAGAGGACCUCGCCUGACCCCCCGCUCCCCCCAAACCAGAGGCCAUCCCCCCCUCUCCCCCACACCCAGAGGCCCUCCCCCCCUCUCCCCCCAAACCAGAGGCCCUCCCCCCCUCUCCCCCCCACCCAGAGGCCAUCCCCCGCGGCCGCCCCGGGCUCCGCCCCGCCCCCGGCCUCCGCCUUCACCCCCAUCCGCCCCGCCGCCGACCUGGCCGGGCCUCGCGCCUCCACCCUCGCCUCCUCCUCCUUCUCCUCCGCCACGCCCCCCCCCUCCCUGCCGGCGAGCCCCCAGGUGCCCCAGCAGGCGCGGCACGCGCCGUCCAAUCAGCUCUCGGUGUCCAGCAGCCACAACUCGUUGGAGGGGGAGGUGCCGGUCUCCGACAUCUACUUUUAUGCAGAUGGCCGCUACUGGGUGUACUCUCCAGUUCUUGGCCGCCGUAAGCUAAACUCUAGCUCGAGUUACAAUCAAAGUCAGGAGGACAGGAGCUGGGUGUAUUCUCCCCUUCACUCCGGCUCAGAGUCCAGAAGGGACUCUGGCGGGGAGAGUGAUAAACAGUAGCAGUUGGGUUCAUGUCUUUAUUGGAAAGGAAAAUCUUGGGGCUCAAGACAAGACACUCCUAAACUCAGUUUGGGAUGGACUUUUUUUAACGCUGGCAUCCCAAAUCACACGUGAAUUCCUAUAUGUGCAAUGCAAGUACGCAGUGACAUGUUUACAAACAUAUAAAAACACCUGUGCGCAGGUUUGCUGCAUUAUAUCGCAAAAAAAAUACUCAAUAAUAAUAUUUUGUCAUAUCAAACUAUUUACAGCGUAACAUGACUUGAAUGAAAACAAAUCAGAAGAAAAUAGAAACCGAGAGCCGAGAGAGAGCGAUGGAUACUGAACGCCUGCGCCCUUGCUGGUUCUUACUUACUUAUGGCUGCUCAUAUCAAAAAGCCAUGUUCUGUGGGAGGGGCUAACCCUCAAUUUUCUCAUCUAUUGGUUUGUGAAGCUUUCAAUCAAACCGCAGCCUGUAGGUGAGUCAGGGAUUCGUUGUGUGUGUGAGCUGCAUGGUUUUGUCUCCGUACGCUCCGUGUAAAUCAUGUGCGCUCAUUAGGCUCUGUGACUCUGGCUAUGCAAUACGGACAACAGCGCUGGGGAAACGGUCGCUUGAAAGCCGUGCCUCAGCACUUUUCUACGACUUCAUGCGUUCAUUUGAUCUAUUGUUGUUCAAGCGUACAGCGUGGAUUGAUCCUUUUUCAUGAAGCCUAAAAUGUGUUGUCUUUUUUUUAAGCAUGCAAAUGCUGCACAUGGAGUUGACGGUUGAAACGUGUUUUAUAUGCUACCAUCUGUUGUCGACGGUGAAUAGUGUGUUGAUUGUUCAUUUAGUACUUACUGUGUUUAAUUCGUGUUCCUUUACAGUACAGCUGGUUUCUUUUUUUAUUUUCGAUAGUGUCUUGUGUCCAGAUGGAAAACUUUGUGGUCUGACUUUGACUAGUGUUCAUAAUGCCUUAAUCGUCAAAUUAUUUUCUACAAAAAAAAAAUGGUCUCCUGUCAAGAUGCCUGCAUUUAGAUCAAAUUCUAUUCAGUAGUAAUAAUCUCUAACACACACACACACACACACACACACACACACACACACACACACACACACACACCCUAUUUAUAUGCAUAGAUAUAUAUAUGCAUAUCUUUCUCAAUCAUAUGCAAAAAGGUAAAGGCAGAGUGAGUGAAAAAUAGCAAUUAAGGAGCAACUAUUAGUAAUUUAUGUAUAAUAUGUUGGUUAAUGAGGACGAAGGUUACCUAUACAAUUAUUUUUUUGUAACGUGUACACCUGUGUGUAUUUACAUACAUGCAUGUGUUUCUGUGCGUGUGUUUGCGUGCAUGUGAGCAUUCGCAUGUGUGUGAAUGUGUGGUUGACAUCCAUGUUUAUUUCUGUUCCUGUUUUUCUUUUCAUGCGCGUCAGCUCUGAUUAGACUACUCGUUGGGACUGACCAUGGGAUACUGGUAUUGGCCGCAUGCAUGAGGGCUGCAUAAGACAUAGCAAUGUGAGGUUUGCAUUCAUCAGUAUGUUCUUCAAACUGAGGCAAUCAUCCAUAAUCUACAAAGUGUAUUGUAUACAAAAAGAAACCAUGAAAAGUCUACUGUGGCCACAUGUGUAAUGUUAACCCCCAUUGGACUUCCACUGUUGGAUGAUCAUUGCUGUAAUUAAUCUAUAUGUGUUGGGCAGUGUUUAUAGCUGAUCACUGUGGAAAAGAAAAUGAUUAUUAAAAAGUAUAUUCUCAUCA